AUGGCUGCUGUGCCCGCUGCGUACGCGCCGAGCCAGCCACAGGCACUGUGGGGCCAGGCCGGCUGCAGCCUCCCCACCCCUCCAGCCAAACCCAGCCUCUGCCCACGGAAGCGCGCCCAGAGGAGCACUGCUGCCUGCCCCAACCGCUGCGCCGAUGACCGGGACUGCCCCGGGGACCACAAAUGCUGCUUCUCCGGCUGCGGGCUGGCCUGCAGCCCCCCGGACACAGGGAGCCGCCGUGCUGCAGCGAAGCCUGGCGCUUGCCCUGUGGUGCUGCGGGGCUCGCUGGGACCCUGCCUGGAGCUGUGUGACACCGACGGCGACUGCCCCGGGUCUGCCAAGUGCUGCACCACCGGUUGCGGCCGCAUCUGCAAACCACCCACUGAGGGUAAAGCCACCGGUGCCUGUGGGGCUGAGACCCCCCGCAUCCCCUCCCUGCCCUCGCGGCCCGGGCUCUGUCCCCCCGCGGCUGAUGGUGACCGGGUGGCGGAGUGCCUCCUCCUGUGCCUGCAGGACAAGGAUUGCCCCCCUGGCCAGAAGUGCUGCCUGCGGGGCUGCGGCCGAGCAUGCGUCCCCCCGCUGUGGGGUAAGGCCCCCCCAGGCUGCCACCGCCUGGGUCCCAGCAGCCCGGGGCACCGCCGGCUCUCGCCCCUGCAGUGGGUCCAGCCUGGCAGGGACUGA